AUGUCCUCUGGACUUCUUUUCCAUUCUUCCUUUUCAAAAAUAAUACUUUUCGCUCUUAAUCCAUCCAAUCCAUAUCUACACAUUUUUCUAACACCACUUGAAACUGGCGAACGCUUUGAUACGGACGAACGCUUUGGCACGGACGAACGCUUUGACACGGACGAACGCUUUGGCACAGACGAACGCUUUGACACGGACGAACGCUUUGACACGGACGAACGCUUUGACACAGACGAAAGCUUUGAUAGGGACGAACGCUUUGAUAGGGACGAACGCUUUGACACAGACGAAAGCUUUGAUACGGACGAAAGCUUUGAUACGGACGGACGCUUUGAUAGGGACGAACGCUUUGAUAGGGACGAACGCUUUGAUAGGGACGAACGCUUUGACACGGACGGACGCUUUGAUACGGACGAACGCUUUGACACGGACGAAAGCUUCGAUACGGACGAAAGCUUUGAUACGAACGAAAGCUUUGAUACGGAAGAACGCUUUGAUAGGGACGAACGCUUUGAUAGGGACGAACGCUUUGACACGGACGGACGCUUUGAUACGGACGAACGCUUUGACACAGACGAAAGCUUCGAUACGGACGAAAGCUUCGAUACGGACGAAAGCUUUGAUACGAACGAAAGCUUUGAUACGGAAGAAAGCUUUGAUACGGACGGACGCUUUGAUAGGGACGAACGCUUUGAUAGGGACGAACGCUUUGAUAGGGACGAACGCUUUGACACAGACGAAAGCUUUGAUAGGGACGAACGCUUUGACACAGACGAAAGCUUUGAUACGGACGAAAGCUUUGAUACGGACGGACGCUUUGAUAGAAACGAACGCUUUGAUAGGGACGAACGCUUUGACACGGACGGACGCUUUGAUACGGACGAACGCUUUGACACAGACGAAAGCUUCGAUACGGACGAAAGCUUCGAUACGGACGAAAGCUUUGAUACGAACGAAAGCUUUGAUACGGAAGAAAGCUUUGAUACGGACGGACGCUUUGAUAGGGACGAACGCUUUGAUAGGGACGAACGCUUUGACACAGACGAAAGCUUUGAUAGGGACGAACGCUUUGACACAGACGAAAGCUUUGAUAGGGACGAACGCUUUGACACGGACGAACGCUUUUUUCUAAGAUGA